AUGCCUGGAGCAGAGGGAGCACCGCAGACUCUCUACGAUAAGGUGCUGCAGGCACAUAUCGUGGAUGAGAAGCUGGACGGCACAGUUCUCCUUUACAUCGACAGGCAUCUUGUCCACGAGGUGACAUCUCCUCAGGCCUUUGAGGGGCUGGAAAAUGCCGGGCGCAAGGUCCGCAGGCCUGACUGCACCUUGGCCACCACCGACCACAAUGUCCCAACCUCCACCAGGAAGUCCCUGAAGGACAUCGCCAGCUUUAUCGCCGAGGACGAUUCAAGGGUACAAUGCGUCACCCUCGAGGACAAUGUCAAGAAGUUCGGUCUCACCUACUUUGGCCUGAGCGACAGAAGGCAAGGAAUCGUCCACGUUAUUGGCCCUGAACAGGGUUUCACUCUCCCCGGCACCACAGUCGUCUGUGGUGACAGCCACACCUCGACGCACGGCGCCUUUGGAUCCCUUGCUUUCGGCAUCGGCACCAGCGAGGUUGAGCACGUGCUCGCGACCCAGUGCCUGAUCACCAAGCGAAGCAAGAACAUGAGGAUACAGGUUGACGGAGAGCUGGCCCCCGGUGUCAGCUCCAAGGACAUCAUCCUCCACGCCAUCGGCAAGAUAGGAACAGCUGGUGGCACCGGUGCCGUUAUCGAGUUCUGUGGCUCUGCCAUCCGCAGCCUCAGCAUGGAGGCUCGCAUGUCCAUCUGCAACAUGUCCAUCGAGGGUGGUGCGAGAGCCGGCAUGGUCGCCCCCGAUGACAUCACCUUCGAGUACCUGAAGGGCCGGCCCUUGGCUCCCAGGUACAACUCUCCAGAGUGGCACCGGGCCAUUGCCUACUGGAAGAGUCUGCAGUCCGACCCCGGCGCAAAGUACGAUAUCGACGUCUUCAUCGACGCGAAGGACGUUGUUCCCACGGUGACCUGGGGUACCAGCCCCGAGGAUGUCGUGCCCAUCACCGGCAACAUCCCUGACCCCGAGAGCUUUGGCUCAGACUCUAAGAAGGCGGCCGCACGCCGAAUGCUCGAGUAUAUGGGUCUCACUGCCGGCACCCCCAUCCAGGAUGUCGUCGUUGACAAGGUCUUCAUUGGCUCUUGCACAAAUUCGAGGAUCGAGGAUCUGCGCGCCGCCGCUUCCGUGGUCAAGGGCAAGAAGAUUGCCAGCAACAUCAAGAGGGCUAUGAUCGUACCGGGCUCAGGAAUCGUCAAGGACCAAGCUGAAGAGGAGGGACUCGACAAGAUCUUUACGGAGGCAGGGUUUGAGUGGCGUGAAGCCGGGUGCAGCAUGUGUCUUGGCAUGAACCCUGACAUCCUGUCUCCCAAGGAGCGCUGUGCAAGCACCAGCAACCGUAACUUCGAGGGCCGCCAGGGAGCCCAAGGGCGAACGCAUCUCAUGUCCCCCGUUAUGGCCGCCGCCGCCGCUAUCGUUGGCAAGCUGGCUGACGUGAGGAAACUGACCGAGUACGAGACCAGCCCUCACAUCGAGGCCUUCAAGGCAGCCCCAGAGCCUCCUAAGGUGGACGAGAACCUGUCUGGUGACGAAUCGGACAAGGAUCACAUCGCCGACAUCCCCAAGGACGACAACGGCCCCCACACCAACACAUCUGCAGGGUCAUCCACCGGUCUUCCGAAGUUCACCAACCUGAAGGGCAUUGCUGCUCCCCUGGACCGGUCGAAUGUCGACACUGAUGCCAUCAUCCCCAAGCAGUUCCUUAAAACAAUCAAGCGAACCGGACUGGGGUCUGCUCUGUUCUACGAGCUGCGCUUCCACGCAGACGGAAAGGAGAACGCCGACUUUGUCCUGAACAAAGAGCCCUACCGCAAUGCCAAAAUCCUGGUCGUCACUGGACCUAACUUCGGGUGUGGUAGCUCCCGAGAGCACGCCCCAUGGGCCCUGAACGACUUCGGCAUCAGGUGUGUCAUCGCGCCCUCAUUUGCCGACAUCUUCUUCAACAACACCUUCAAGAACGGCAUGCUGCCCAUCCCAAUCAAGGACCAAGGGCAUCUCGAUGCCAUCGCCGCCGAGGCGCGCGCCGGCAGGGAGAUUGAGGUCGACCUGCCGAACCAGACCAUCAAGGACGCUGCUGGCAACGCAAUGUGCAGUUUCGAUGUCGAGGAGUUCAGGAAACACUGCCUGAUCAACGGCCUUGACGACAUCGGGUUGACCCUGCAGAUGGAGGACAAGAUCUCUGAGUUCGAGAAGAAGAUGACGCGCGAGACGCCGUGGCUGGACGGCACCUCGUACUUGAAGAGGAAGGGCCAGGGCGGCAAGCUGGCGGCGAAGGCUGUGCCCGUCCCGACGACAAAUCGCGGCGAGACGAAGAAGGAGCCGCUGGAGUGGUAA